AUGGCUUCUCCUUCGGGCCCUCCACCCAAUCUCCCUUUGGAUGACCGCUCGCUUGAACUCAAGAUCCCCAUAAUAUCCCUUAUCUGUUUCAGCUCCAUAUUCGUAUGCCUUCGCCUCGGAGUAAACUGGAAAAACAAGAACUUUUUCAUGCUCACUGAUCAUUUGCUAUGGACGGGUUAUGUUCUUGCCGUUGCAGGUGCAGCUUGUUGUUACAAAAUGGCAGAAGUCGGCGGUGGUAAACACGUCUGGGACCCCAUCAUGACGCCUCAGAAUUUGGAAAAGUAUCUCUACUUUCUCUGGCUGGGCCAGAUAUUGAACCUAUACGGCAUGGCUUUGAUCAAGCUCAGUGUUUGCGCAUAUAUUUUCAUGCUCGACUUUUCAAGAAGCUUUCGGAUCAUCAUCUGGGCCUCCGUGGUUAUCCAUCUGGGCAUCAAUUUCGUCUUUCCCACAGUCAUCCUCUUUGGUGAAUGCACACCAUACUCGAAGCACUGGGACGUUACCAACACCAAGCCCGGCUCGUGCUGGGGCGCCAAACCUAGAGUCAUUUCUGGGUACUCGGGAGCUGCGACCAACAUCUUGACCGAUAUGCUCUACACAGUGGCUCCACUCAUCUACAUUGCACGAGUUCAACUCCCGAAGCGCACCAUUUGGGGUGUCCGCGCGGUCUUUCUCUGUGGUCUCGUAACUACCACCGUCUCAGCACUCAAGCUUUACGAGAUGAAGUCUUUGAAUGUAUCAAAGGACCCAACCUAUGAUUCCGUCAACCUCAGCAUCUUUGCCAUCUCCGAAGUGUUUGUCGGCGCCUUCACAGCCUCACUGCCACCGCUACGCAAGACGUUUGAAAACCUUCUCAAACAGGUCCUUCCCACGAGUCUUACAGGAGCCUCGCGUACACCAAAGGGAUCCGUUGAAAGCUACGAGCUUCCCCACUCUGGUUCCAAGCUGAGCGACAAGCCGAGACGGCGAGGGGGUGAUGUUGAUGAUGACGAUAGUGAGCUCGGCAUUCUUCCAGAUGAGGAAGUGUUCCGGGAGCGAAAGGAUUCAGACCAGUCCAUUACAAAGACUACACAUUUGAGCGUGACGGCGGACAGCAAGAGUAUUGCAUCGCGACGUCAAAGCGACUGGGUCUAAUCAGUGGCUUUUCCCAUAUAAACCUUAUCAAUAAUGACGCUUUGAUACGGAA